AUGGCAACCAUCAGCGCCACGGCCGUCUUCGUCGCCGCCAGACCGCCGCGGUCUCCACGUAAGUUGCUAAGUGAGAAUGAGACGCCGCAUGCAGAUGCAGGGCUGCCUCGGCUGAGAGUGGCCAAGGCCGCGAGGCUGAGGUGCAGCUACUCCAAGGACCUCAAGAAGAAGGCUUCUUCGGCUCUGGCUCUGGCGGUGGUCAACGGCGCGCCGCUGCUCGCUGAGGCGAGCGCCAUGGCGGUGGCGGCGGCCCUGGUGGUGGCCCCGGCGCUGGUUCUGGCGCUGGUGGACGAGCGGGUGUCGACCGACGGCACCGGGCUGAGGCUGAGCCACGACCUGCUGGGGUGGAUCCUGAUGGUUGGCUUCGGCCUCGCCUUGUCCUACACCGUCUACUCCUCCAUCCUCGAAGAGGACAACGACAACGACCAGUCCAGCGCCGGCGGCAUCACGAUCUGAACACCGCACCGCCAUCUUCUUCUUCUUCCUGCCUGACCGGCCGUCGAAGCUUUGCAUGAUUACCCGUUAUCUUUGAAGAAUGGACGAAUAUUGAUUCCUAAGCUACUGAUUACUUUCUCUUUUUAUUUUUUUAUUCUGACAGUGAGAGUACUUUCCGUGACGGCGUUAAAUACUAUGCCCUUCGUUUCAUGAUGUAAUACGUGUUCGACACUAAUAUAAUGUCAAAAAUCAUGUUACAUUAUAGGACGGAGGGAGUAGUUGCAGUUGUAUGGGUGUGUCUUUGUAUCACGGAUCUCGUCGGACUAUGAUCCGGUGACUUACCCACGGCAUGUUACCAAUGAAUUGCAAGUUUGCAACAUUCUCCCCUCUUCAAAUGGUCAGAUCAAGAAUCGACGGAUGCAUCAAUUCGGACAGUGCAUGGUUACAGGACGCAUGCUAC